UUACAUAUCAGCUUUGAUACGAAGCAGUAGGGGUUCCUCAACGAUGGCCACCAAAAGCGCUACGAUGCUGAAAAAAAGCCUAACAAGAUACUUUAUGCUCAGCUCUCUGCCAAGGAAGUAAGUAAACGACAACUCCCAGUCAGAUGAACUAGGUAUGCAUGUCUACAUUAGCGCUCACGUCUAUCCUUGGCAUGGAGUAAGGACGGUAAGGUGAUUUUGAGCGACUUGUCUUUGGAAGUUCACCAUCGACUGUUAGGGCUUCCUUAUCCAAACGCAUACGAUAUCAAGUAUUAUACGCUUGUGGUCCCCAGAAGAACGAAAAGCAGGUUAAAUAUACGGUGGGGCCUCGUAUAUGCUAUACUUCUCAACAUCCAGAUGGAGCGGCGCCCAUUCAGUGAGGAGGACGGCAUGAAGAGAAAGGGGAAGGGAGGAGAGGAAGAAAAGGGCAAAGGGAAAGGAAAGGAGGAGACAGAGCUACUUGAUACCUCUGUAUUGAUACCACCCACGGAAUCUAAUUCUUCCAAAACUAUGGAUUCCAGGCAACCCUCCGAGGACCCCUUCUCUCGAAUUGCAUCAUCAGCUGCUAGUUUAACUAGUGGGUUUAUAUCCAACCACGCUCACGGACAGCAGAUCUCUAGUAUCUUAUCUUCUAAUAAGGCUGGAUCUUCUAUUACCACCAAGCAUCCGUCAACAGCGGCCCAGGAAACAGCACAUGUCACCCACACAAGUUCCUCGAGUGCUCAGUUGCCACUGGGAUCUACAUUUAGAUCGGGCACUGAAAUGAAUAUAAAAAGUUCGGAAGAGAGUUUCGCAGCAUUUCGUGAAGUAGGACGACAAGAAAGUGGUUCUACCAGUGAAAGCAACGUGAAUCAUAAGUUGGCCGAUGCAGCAAUCGCCGCCAUGAGAGACGGCUCUGAAGUUGUUUAUCUCCUCGACACACCACUGGCGGUAGAAGAUGACGACAUUACCCCAAACAUGACAGAUAGGGAGCGCUCAGCACUUCGGAGAGCAUUAUUUGAAGAGCGGCCGUCAACGGGAGCAGGCUGGGGUGAUGUACUGGAUUUUGUCCCGGAAUUUAUAUCAGAUCGUGGUAGUGAUGAGCAAUUAAUACAACAUCUGGGAGUAUCUAAUACGGACGAAGCCCGGGACAUAUGGUUCAGUCAAUGGGGGGCCGUUUUAUCGUCGUACACUGAUGAGGUCUGGGGCGAUCUGAGUCCUUUAGUCUUAGAAGCACGUCAGGAGCUACAAAGUGCAUCAACAAGUCCAGAAGCCGUCGCAACAAGCGGCCUCACUGCGGUCCGGAGGCUUCACCAGAUAUUAGCACACGUUCGGGGCUCUUCUACAUAGGCGAAAGCCUUCGAAGCACUAAAAGAAGGGGGGAAAUCAUCCCACUACAUUAUGGGUUGAGCCAUGUAUUGUGUUCUACAACAGGCGACCUCAUUGAACGA